AUGGACUGCUUCCACAAACAGGACUUUGACGGACAUAUUCCACCGUGGGCGCCCGCAUGCAUGUCAGUCAGUCCCAGUGAUCCUACAGAAAAUGACAAUUGCACCAGGAUAACCAGUUCUCUAGGCCACAGAUACUCACGGACUGAAGCGAUUACAGACCUCGAGGAAGCCAUCCGAAUAGGACGAGAAGCCAUCGAUGCCACCCCGUCAGAUCAUCCCGAGCCAGCUAUGUUCUUGAACAACGUUGGGAAUCGUCUAGGCGACAGAUACGCACGGACUGGAGCGAUGGCAGACCUCGAGGGAGCCAUUCCCAUCGAUGCCACCCCGCUGGACAAUCGAGAUCGGGCAGGAUUCUUGAACAACCUCGGAACUCUCCUAAGCGACAGGUACUCGCGGACUGCAGAGAUAGCAGACCUCGAGGAAGCGAUCCAAGUAGGACGAGAAGCCAUCGAUGCCACCCCGUCAGAUCAUCCGAACCGGGCUAUGUUCUUACAUAACAUCGGAGUUCGUCUAGGCGACAGAUUCUCACGGAACGGAGCGAUAGCAGACCUCGAGGAAGCUAUUCGUCUGACGCGGGAAGCCAUCGAUGCCACCCCUCUACAUCAUCCGGGCCGGGCUCGAUGGCUGAACAGCCUUGGAAAUCAUCUAGCCAACAGAUACUCACGGACUACAGAGAUGGCAGAUCUCGAGGAAGCGAUCCAAGUAGGGCAAGAAGCCAUCAAUGCCGCCCCUCUAGAUCAUCCAGACCGGGCUAGGUUCUUGAACAACCUCGGAAUUGGCGCGAUGGCAGACCUCGAGGAAGCCAUUCGCGUGACACGGGAAGCCAUCGAUGCCACCCCGCUAAAUCAUCCGAACCGGGCUGGGUUCUUGAACAACCUUGGAGUUCGUCUAGGCCAGAUAGCAGACCUCGAGGAAGCGAUCCGAGUAGGACGAGAAGUCAUCGAUGCCACCCCGGUAGAUCAUCCGAACCGGACUAGGUUCUUGAACAACCUCGGAAUUGGUCUAGGCGACAGAUACUCGCGGAACGGAGCGAUGGCAGACCUCGACGAAGCGAUCCAAGUAGGACGAGAAGCCAUCGAUGCCACCCCGUCAGAUCAUCCGUACCGGGCUAUGUUCUUAAUCAACCUCGGAGUUCGCGCGAUGGCAGACCUUGAGGAAAGCAAGGAACGCUUCGUCGCUGCCUUGCGUCAGUCCGCCUCCGCUGUGAGCAUGCGUGUCGCAGCCGGCCGUCAUCUUCUGACAUCCCCAGCUAUACUUCAAGAUCGACAAGCAUACGCCAUUGCCAAAACGACGAUCGACUUGAUUCCCUUAUUGACGCCCCGUUCUCUGCAGAACUCAGACAAGCGGCACCUCCUCUCCGCGGCUGUCGGACUCUCGUCGGACGCGACAGCCAUUGCUCUGCAUGCCAACAGAGGCCCUGCUGCUGCUAUCGAACUGCUUGAGACUGGUCGUGGUGUCAUCGCGGGAGCCCUCUUCGAGCAAUCCGACCUUGCCGCUCUCGAACGCGAGCAUCCCGACCUGGUACGUUCCUUUAUCGACCUGCGAGAUCAACUGGACGCACCGGCGUCGGCUCGUUCCCUCGCUGCCGAGCGCCCCACUCUGGCCGCAGAGACGGAAGGCGAUCGGCGCCGCGACGCUGGACCCCAGCUUGCCGCUCUCCUCGAGACGAUCCGUUCCAAGUCCGGUUUUGAGCGCUUCCUCCUCUCGGCAUCGGAAGCCGAUAUGCUGGAGGCUGCGCGGCACGGCCCGAUCGUCGUCCUGAACGUGAGCUCGUAUCGCUGCGAUGCCUUGGUCAUUGAGCAGUCCGGCAUCCGAUUGCUGGAGCUGCCACACCUCUCCCGAGAGGCGCUCAACGACCAUGCCCGGGAACUUAGAACUCUUGACACGCUUGGGUGGCUCUGGGAUGCCAUCGUCUGUCCCAUUCUUAAUGCUCUCGGUUUUACUGGGCCUCCGUCGGACGAUCAGUGGCCGCACGUGUGGUGGGUCCCGACUGGCACACUGACCCGGUUUCCACUCCAUGCAGCGGGACACCAUCUGAGGCGCACCGGCGAGACGGCGGUUGACAGGGUCGUCUCGUCGUACGCAUCGUCCGUCAAGGCGAUCAUACAUAGUCGGCGACGGCCACAGCAAGCGCUUGCAGCCGGAGAGACCCGAAACGCCGUUGUCGUUGCCAUGCAGAAAACGCCAAAACAGGCACCGCUGAAACAUGCGAGCGACGAGGUUGAUGCGGUAGUGGCUGUUUGCGAGUCGAUGGGAUUGCCGCACGACCGGCCUCGACCGCACAAGACCGACGUCUCGUCGGCCUUGGAGGCCUGCAGGAUGUUCCACUUUGCUGGCCACGGCAGCACGCAUCCCGAAGAACCGCUACAGAGCCAGCUGCUCCUCGACGAUUGGGAUCGGGAGCCAUUCACGGUGGCGAGUCUCCUAGAGACCAACCUUACCUCGAAUCCGCCAUUCCUCGCCUACCUCUCGGCAUGCGGGACUGGUCAGAUCCUGGAUGAGGGGUCUGUUGACGAGAGCAUCCAUCUGGCCAAUGCUUGCCAGCUUGCGGGGUUCCGUCAUGUAGUGGGCACGCUUUGGAGCGUAAAUGACGGGUUAUGUGUGGACAUGGCGAGAAUGACGUACGAGUUUCUGCGGGAUGAGGGUAUCCGGGAUGAAACCGUAAGCCGGGGGCUUCACCGAGCGAUGAGGACGCUCCGAGACCAGUGGGUGGAGUUCGAGGAUGCCGGACGCGGAAAGUCAUGGUCAUCGGGAGCGGACAGGGACGCUGAAUUGAGACAAGGGUCGGAGCCGAGGCGGCCGCUCUGGGUUCCUUAUGUUCACUUUGGCGUUUGA